AUCUUUGACUGCAAUUUGUACUCCCGACAGCAGGGAGCGCAAUGCCGGAAGCAGCGCGCAGGCGCACAAAGUGGACCCAAACGCAGCAUGGAUUCGCGUUUUUGAUUGUCGAUUCAUUUAGCGAACCAUAAACAAAGCACAUGGACGCCGUCAAAGAACGACUGGCUCAGUUCUCGCAAGAGGCUCACGAUUUGUAUCUGAGCCGAUCGGUUCCUUACGUGGACGGGCCGCCCGACCCGCUGCAGUUCUACCGCGACUGGAUCGGUCCCAACAGACCGUGCGUGGUACGGAACGCCUUCGACCAUUGGCCGGCUCGGUCCCGGUGGACGCCGGCGUACCUCAGGGAGAAGGUGGGCUCCAAGGUCAUCAGCGUGGCGGUGACCCCCGACGGUUACGCCGACGCCGUCAGGCACGACCGAUUCGUGACGCCCGAAGAACGACGCAUGACUUUCUCGUCCGUCCUGGACAUCAUCCAAGGAAAGGUGAAGAAGCCCGGCGGCGGCGGCGGCGGCGGCGUGUUCUACGUCCAGAAGCAGUGCUCCAACCUGCCGGACGAGCUCCCCGAGUUGGCGGCCGACGUGGACGCCCACGUUGACUGGAUGAGUUCGGCGCUGGGAAAGUUACCCGACGCCGUCAACUUCUGGCUGGGCGAAGCCGAGGCGGUCACUUCCUUACACAAAGAUCCUUACGAGAACCUUUACUGCGUCAUCUCCGGACAGAAAGACUUCAUCCUGCUGCCGCCGACCGACAGACCCUUCAUCCCGUACGGCCUGUACCCGCCCGCGGUUUACCGGCAGAAGGAGGACGGCCGCUUCGAGGUGGUGGACCAGCGCGGCCGUGAGAAGGUGCCCUGGAUCCCCGUGGACCCCCUGGAUCCGGACCUGGAGCGCUACCCCGCCUACCGGCGAGCGCGGCCGCUGCGCUGCAGCGUGAAGGCGGGCGAGACGCUCUACCUCCCGUCGUUGUGGUUCCACCACGUGCGACAGUCGCACGGCUGCAUCGCAGGUCGGCGCCGCACGUCGAAACCGGGGACGUUCGGACCGAUCCCGGUCGUCAACUUCUGGUACGACAUGGACUUCGACAUCAAGUACAACUACUUCACGCUGGUGGAUGACCUCACCGCCGUCGCCAUGAAGCACUGAGCUAGCGCCAGGUUGCAGUGCAUCACGGAGCCACCCGGGGGCGCUACAGAAAUUCACAGGAAACCGGUGUCGAGCACCGUUUGCUCGAACGGUUUUCAUGGUCCUGCUGGGCCUCUUGAUAAUAAAUAAGCGUG